CAGUUCCUUCAAGUGCUCUGGUGGACUUCAAUGCAAUGCCGCUACAUGUACUGCAGUAAUGACAGACGGCCUUUGGCUACGGGGUACAGAGUACCUGCACAGUACUUAUCACAUGGUAAUGUUCGUGCCGCAUACUUUUGAGGAUGCUGGGCCCCGCCAAACCUUCGUCCUGCAACGCCUUUAAAGCUGUGGCAUCCGGAGCAAACCGCUGCUUCUACACAAAACUCAAGUCAUCAACAACCAGCAAAGUUAUACGGCAAAGUCACAAGGUGUCACCCCAUAUAUCGUCUCCUACUCCACAGCUCCCACGCACUCAGCGUCUAGUUUCUCCCAGAUUUUCCAGCACCGGCGCUGUGAAAUAGGUGGUACAAUGCCGCUGACACGCAGCGCCGGCCGGCGUACUUUGGCCCAAAAGAGCAACCAGAACAGCCGGCGCAACCCAAGUCGUCAGUCCACGGCUCGCGCUUCUCGUGCUGGCACUCGUUCCAAUGCACUUCCGUCAUCGACAACCUCGGGGAGAGGGCGGCGUGUCUUCGACAGUCUUCCGGAAUCUGAUUCGGAAGCCUCCCCUUCAGAUGCAUCCGAGUCUAGCUGGACAUCUGACCAAGCCCCCGAAUCGCCCAGUCGGCGUAGGAGGAGCACUAGAAUAGCAGCCGGGCAUGGUGACAGGACAGGCAACAGAGUGCAAAGGCCCUCACGCUCGGCAAGGGUCCCCCAGAACCUUCCAUCUAGAAAGAGAGGGGACAAACCGAAGGACAAACCGAAGGGCAAAGGCCGCCCUGCCACUGCCUCCAAUUCUCCGAGCAAGCGGCGACAAAUGGCGACACAGAGCAAAGGCGAGGAUGAGACGCCACUAGUUAGCGGCCCAGAUUGGACGGACCCUCGGAUUCCUUACCAGUUCUGGGUUGAGGUGUUCUUGUAUGCCCGCGACAAUGGCGGUGCAGAUCCGCCAAACACACACUGGCUCCUUCAAGUCGCUACUAGCUGUAAGGCAUUGUCUGAGCCAGCUCUGACAGCAAUCUAUCGCUGUCCAACCAUAAGGCAUGCUUCCAAGGCGAGACGACUGGCUUCGCUGCUUGAACGCUGUCCGAUGGAAACACGGUUCAAUUACCGGAGAAAAAUAGAGUUCCUGCACAUCGAUAUUCAUAUUGUGCCACAGGGCAUCAUCUCCCAACUUGUUCGCCCCUUGACUCGCCUAAAGGAACUCAUAUUUUACACUCCCAUGGACCAGCCGCCCUAUAGGGAGCUCGAUGCGCAUAUAAGAUGGAAUUACUCAGAGGACAUCUUCCUUGCCCUUGCAUCGCCAUCUGACGACUCUCUCGCGGAACAGCCAGCCCUGAUAAGCCUCAAAAGCUGGGAGUGGAGUGGGAGACUUCUUGGCGGUUACGUUGCGAACAUCAACGAUAUUGUUCAAGUUCACCAGUCGCCGUCAUUCGCUCACCUUACGAGGCUGAGCUUUACAAAUUUUCAGGUACCUUCGCUGAGAGGCUUACAGCAGAGGUCCGAGAAUGACGAAGACGAUCUGCAGAGCACCCUCGAAGACAACGCCGCUAUUGAUGCCAUGGCGGAUGCCAUUGCGCAGCUCAAAUAUCUUAAGCAUCUCGUUUUCGAAUCUUCUACUAUCAUGACAGACCGGCUGCUUCCCCUCCUACCCAAAGAUCUCACUCACUUGGAGCUUAUCAACUGCUGGGAAAUCAAAUCCGAAGACCUUGCCGCGUUUCUCCUCACUCAUGGCAAUGGCCUCCGCGCUCUUACUCUGCUGCACAACCAGUCUUUGAAUCUUGCCUUCCUGCCAAUUUUGGAAGAAGCUUGCCCUAAUUUGAGAGAGUUGCGCAUGAACAUGUCGUAUUUUCGGCACCAUGAUUCUUUGAAUGAUGCCGAUCCAAUGUACGAUUUUGUUCUCCUCCCAUAUCAGGUGCCCACAUGGCCCGCUAGCAUUCGCCUCAUCGAUAUCGAACAUAUUCGAAACUGGACUGUCGAAACAGCAAAAAUGUUCAUUCAGUCGCUCGUUGAUAAUGCUGGAAAUAUGCAGAAUCUGCGCCACCUUGUCAUUAAAACUAUGCUUGACAUCCCAUGGCAGGCCCGUGCUACUUUGAGAUCUAACAUAAGACCCAUGGUUGAACGCGUAUUCCUCCGGAAGGUUGAGUCACCGCAGGUUGACACGACGAUCCAGCAAACAGACGGCACUCACGAACCUACCAGGUCACGCAAGAGGAAGCGAACUCCUUCUUCAACCUCUCCGUUUCGCAGGAGUGGUAGGAUUGAAGCACACCCCCAUGACUCGCCCCGCCGUUCGAGAAGAGACAACAAAUCGCAGCGAGGCCAGCUCGGAAAGUCAAUGUACAGGGUGCCUGACACCGAUGAAGAUGAGAGUGGUAUCUCAGAGGAGGAGUCGGACAGUGAGGUCUCUAAUGUUCAGCGGAGCCCAGCUGCUGAUGAGCCAUCGAUUCAGGGGCUCUGCAAUACUGUCAAUAUCGUAUUUGACAAUCAGAAAGUGAGGGAGCUGCAAUACAGCAUGGAAGAUUUCCUGGCUGAUGACGACGAGUCUUCGGGCGAGGAGUGGGAUGGAGAUGAUGACCAAUACGAUGACAAUACCAUUGCAUUUUAGAGAUACCAAUUUACUUCCAUUUACCCAAAGGUUUCUCUGAAAAGGGGAACCUUUCCAACUUCCC